AGCGCGCGCGCACACACACACGCGCACACACACAUAGAAACAACUAGCAGCUGGAAUACGGCUCGCUUCACGCCUACGCUGAAAACCGCGACCUGUUCCUGAAACUGUCUGGCCUGUAUUGACCACCCGUUUCCCUUUCGUGUGAAUACGAACCGUGUUUCGUUUUUUUUUUCCUCCGUGAGCGAUUCGCUUGUGGUUAAAUCCGUGCCGGAUGCGUGUGUUGACGGUGUGUGUGGCGCGCUCACUCCAACGGACCGCUACAGAGAGAAGAACAUGGCGUCGGAAGGAGCGAAAGGGGAGCAGCCGCCUCCGCUGCAAACACUGCUAACCGCUGGCCAUGGAAGCGUCGAGACGAAAUGUGAGCUGAACAUGGACAACCUGAGCAAGCCAGAGCUCCUCACCCUCCUGAGCAUCAUGGAGGGAGAGCUGGAGGCCAGAGACCUGGUCAUUGAGGCUCUUAGGGCUCGGAGGAAGGAGGUGUUCCUGCAGGAGCGUUAUGGCCAUUUCAGCAUGACCGACCCAUUCCUGGCCCUGCAGAGGGACUUUGAGUCUGGGGGUGGGCACAAAGAGCGCCGGGCUGUCAGCGCCAGCCCCAUCACUGUACUUGAGGCCGUCAUGGCCCACUGCCGCAAGAUGCAGGAGAGAAUGUCUGCGCAGCUAGCUGCCGCUGAGAACAGACAAAAGAGGUUGGAGUUGGAGAAAAUGCAGCUGCAGAGUCUAGAGCAGGAGCAUCGCAAGCUUUCAGCGCAGCUGAAGGACGAGCGCGAGAAGAACAAACACGUGGUGAUGAUGCUGGUGCGUGAGUGCAAGCAGCUGGCAGCACGUGUGGUGGAGGAGAGCCAGCGAGUUGAGGAGCUCUCAUCAUCCUCUGAGCAAGAGGGCCGUACCUCAAGCCGCCUUGAAGAGGAGCUGGCCACUGAGCGCAAACGCAGCCAGCAGAUGGAAGCGGAAAUGGAGAAGCAGCUGGCCGAGUUUGACACAGAGCGUGAGCAGCUCCGAGCACGGCUGAGCCGUGAGGAGAGUCGCGCCGCUGAGCUACGUGCUGAAAGCGACAGUCUGCGCCAACAGGUAAAACAGCUCAGGACUGAGCGGGGCAAAGAUGCUCCGACUUUGCCCCCAGCAGCGGUCUCUGCACCCGUAGCCACACCAGUCAAACCCAAGAGCAUAACAUCAGUUGCUGUGGGCACGGAGGCAGCCAGCUGCCGAGCAGCCGCCUCACAGACAGAACCACUGGCUGAGAAUGAAAUGCCUAAGAAACUGCCACUGAGCAUCCCUGUCAAGCCCACGGGCACCAACUAUACUAGCAUGAACCUCCCCAAGACCCCUACUACUGUGAGAGGUCUCCACCAUGGAAGCGCUCAGGCAGAGAAUGGAGCGGAGGGCCAGAUGGCACUGAACUCUGCUCACAGUUUACAUUCACCUGGCACUGCCACUGCUCUACCUACAGGGUCCCGUGUCCAGGCAGCCCGCUAUAAAUUCCAACCCUCGGCUUCAGAGCAGGACCAAAACGGCAUGUCCAACCAAGGACCCCCAUCACGAGACCUGUCCCCAACCAACCGAGACAACUUUGCUGCCAAGCAGCAGGCACGUCACACAGUCACACAAGUUCUGUCGCGUUUUACCAGUCCACCAACAGCAGGCCCCCCCACAGCCCUUCGGCCUGGGUUGUCCCAUUCUGCCUCAGAGGGAGGACCUUUUGCUGGUCGCCUUGGUCAUCCACAGAUUGGUAUUAAGUCACCCACAGUGGCACGUAUCGACAGAGGCAAUCCACCUCCCAUCCCACCAAAAAAACCUGGACUAUCUCAGACACCAUCCCCUCCUCACCCACCAAUCAAAGUAGUGGGUGAAGCCAGCAGGUCCCCAGCGAUUGGGCUUGGGGUAGGACCACCUAAGUCGGCCAGCACCCCCCAGCUUCCGCCCAAACCCUCCUUGGAUCUGGGGGGUGCGGUGCCAGCCUUGACUGCAUCUCAGGUGGGUGAGCACUGCCCUGGCAGGCAGCGGGAGCCGCAGACGGCGGCAGCAUGUGUGGAUUGUUCCCCUGUUACCACCACGUCCUCCACCAUCGCUACCAUUAUCAGUAGCCCUUCUGUAAACCCUGCUAGUGUUCCAUCCCAUAGCCCCCAGCACCCAGGCAGCCCCCUGGCAGCAGCAUCAGGCUGGUGUCCCUCCAUAGUCCCCCCGUUAACCUGCGGUGAACCCGUCCCCCUGGACGACGGGCACACCCUUUUGCUCCAAGCUGCUUCCCAGGGAAAUGUCACUUUAUUGUCUAUGCUGCUUAAUCAAGAUCCAUCAAUGGAUGUUAGUCACCUCCAACAAGACCUAACCUCUGCCUUGUUUUCUGCUGCUCAAAAUGGACACACAGAAUGCUUGAAUCUGCUGCUGAGUUUGGGGGUGUCUGCUGAUGCUCCUGAUGAAAAUGGAUUUACCUCCUUACACAUUGCUGCUGCUAAUGGCCACCAUGGGUGUGUGAGGGCUCUGCUGGAACAUGGCACGGAGGUGGAGCGUGAAUGUGUAGGGGGUCAGACUGCACUGAUCCUGGCCGCUGAGCAUGGCAGCGCAGAGUGUGUGAGAGCCCUGCUGGAUGCUGGAGCAAACCGUUCACACAUUACUGCUGAUAGCUGCACUGCACUUCACGCCGCCGUUAGUUCAGGCCAUGUGGAUGCCCUGAAGCUUCUGCUCUACCAUCCGUCUCCUCAGGCUGAGACGGGUGGCUCAGUGGACAGCAUAGACGCCCAGCACACACACCCUAGACCAGUCAUGACCCGCCAUACCCUCAACCUUCCCAACCAGGAUGGAUGGACUGCUGCCCAUAUUGCUGCUUCCAGAGGCUACAAGAAAUGCCUGGAAGUAUUAUGUAGCCACAGCCAACAGGACAUUGAGAAGCGGGACAAAUGCAACCGCACUAUACAUGAUGUGGCUACAGAUGAUUGCAAAGACCUGCUGGAGAACCUAGACUGCUACAGAGUGGUGGUGCAGGUAUACAUGGGCUCACAUGAGCACCUGUGUCCUGUCGAUGUAUUGGAGGAUGGCGCUACUAUCGGCACAGUUAGCAUCCAGCGUCGCACCAGCUGGCCAGAGUUGUGGCGAAUCCUGAGUCAGCUGCUAACCGAUCACCUGGAACUGGUGUGUGGGAGCUGGGAGCUGCAGGAGGGCCUGGGAGGAACGGACAUACCUCUGGGUCUUUCCUCAGACAGUGUGGCCUCAGUGAAGAUAGGUGACGCUGUCUGGCUACCUGGACAGGAGCUGGCCCAGUCCCCUUGGGACCUGAUCCGUAAGCGUUUGAGCCAGCGGAUUUCUAUCCGCCUCAAAGGUCUGUCAGAGUGUGCUCUGGAUGAGAUGACCUACGACUCGUUGAUCCCACUCCCGCUGCUGCAGAAUUAUGUGCGCCUGGUUGAACAAUAUCGUAAUGUCAUUUUCCAUGGACUGGAGGGAAGUUUUCAGGAGUACAUCGCCAACCAGAUCUCUCACCACAUCAAGCACAGGCAGGAGGCCAUGGGAAUAGGCUGUGAUGUUAUCCAUGUGGAGAUAGAGGAGGGUCUGUCUAAAGAUCACCUGCUGGAAACCUUCAUCAAUUGUGGGUUCCUGGUGUGUGUUCAGGAGGCUGCUGUAGGCCGGUGUGUGGUGGUGGUGCUAGAAGGGCUGGAGAGAGCUCACUCCCUUAGUCACAUGCUGGAGAAUCUAUGUGAGGCGCUGGAGAACCGCGGCUCGCUCUACUCCCUCUCUCUAAACCACAUAGGUGUGGAAGGACUGUACUACUUCCAAGAGGGCAGUUUUCUGAUUGGCACACUGGCCAAGCCACGGCUGCAGGGUGCUGAGUUGCGACUACAGCAGCACUUCCGCUGGGUGCAACUGCGCUGGGACACCGAGCCACUCAGCAGCAUGCUGGGACGCCACCUUCGCAGGAAACUUCUCCACAAGUCUCAGGGCCAGCCCUGGACCCCUGACGAUCCUGUGCACAGAACUCUGUCCUGGGUGUGUUCAGUCUGGCAGCAGCUCAACAGCUGCCUCUCUCGCCUAGGAACCCCUGAGGCCCUGCUUGGCCCUUACGUUUUUCUCUCAUGCCCAGUCCUGCCAGAACAGAGACAUGCCAUCUUGAAGUGGUUGGCGCGUCUGUGGAAUGUGCUGGUGGUCCCACGCAUUGAGGAUGCUGUCAUCUCUAGGGUAACAGCCAAGCACUCUCCUUUGCAGCGACGGUCUCCUAGCAACAAGGGCCUAAGUCCAGGGCAGAGGGCGGUAGUGCGAGCAGCUCUCAACAUUGUCCUGAAUAAAGCCGUGCUGCACAGCUGCCCACUGGACAGAUCAGAGAUCAACCAGCUCUUGCCAGAGUUCCGGGGUGGAUGUUUUCCACUCUCCUCCAUUAGCUACUCCUACAGGAAAGGUGGGAGGAAAGGGCGUGAUAGCGCUGCAUGGAGACGAUCCAACACCAGUCCAAGAAAAAAAACAAGUCCUGCAUCUGGAAUAGGCUCGAACAGCUCUUUACAAGAAGGGUCUGUGUCCAAUUCAGAAGUUCACCUAAUGACAAACGCCAGUCAUCCCAGAGUCAGUGAUGGGGAUUCGGCUGGUCUCACACUCUACUCUGAUGAUGAGAGCGACCUGAUCAGGGAACUACAGACUUUGUGCUCCAGCAAAUCUGAGCCAGAUAUAAGCAAGAUUGCUGUGUCCCAAGAGGACUUCAUUAUGCUCCCUGGCCCAAGUCAAGAUGCUCAUCGGAGAAAGUUGGAGCACAGCUACAGUGGACUCCAAGCACAAGCCAGCAGAGAAGACAGCAGUUUGGACAGCACCCAGCCUCCAGUGCAGCAGAUUAACAGCAGUCAUUCAGAAAAUGUCCACACCUCCCCACGCCGAGUGGCCAGGCCCAAAUCUCAGCUGCCAAUCCCCAGCAGCAAGGGGCAUCAGCAAACUCCCAGCAGCUCCCACCGAGCCACCAAUACCUCCAACCCCGCUAUCAGCAGCAGCAUCCGUCCCUCCCAAACGCACAGCAGCAGAGCCCACAUGAGCAGCAGAACAAGGCAGACACAACCCAACAACAGAAACAAACAACCAGAAGAGGAGAUCUGGAUUCUUAACUCCAACUUCCACAAAAACUACAGCAACCGUGAAUAGAUCCCCGUUUCAAACCCUAUAUCCCCACUCUGUAAACUUCUUCCAAAGUGUGUUAUUGACAGCUUUUUAGUAUUUAUAAUAAAUGUUGUCCAUACUUGUUACACUAUAUUAUCUUGUGUACUUUGGGACCAUAGUUUUAUUAUAUUUCAGUGUUGAAGUAUUGAGUUUGAAAGAAAGAAAAAAACUGAGGAAUUAGCCUGGGAAGACUAAUAAAAGAAGUGCUUUGUGAGCUUUUAGGUGAUCAAAGGAAAAACUUAGUCUUUUUUUGCCAAUAAGUAUUUUCGGAUAAGUAUUUUAUGUUUAAAUAGUUGCAAGAUUGGUUCUACAUAUUGUUAAAAUUAAUCAGGGUUUUACCAAAUAUGUGUAAAUAAAAAAAAAAACAGGAACUUAAAUGUUAUAUAUAGACUAGUGGAUGUGGUGAUGCGCUUGUAUAAUGAAGAGCUUAAAAAAAAGAACUGUACAUAGUGUUUCUAAUAUUACAUUUUGGUCGAUUUUUCUCACUUGUUUCAAAGUGAACUGAAUGUGGCAAUAAGUAACGUCAUUGCAACACAAGUCCUUUUCUUUUGUCUGUAAAGCCAUAAUGAGUAGUUUUAGUUGCCCAUGGAAUGUGUGCUGAGUCAGGACUUGCUUGAACUUUGACCCUUGUGCAGAAGCCACUGCUGAAAUUUAAAGCAAGAUUAAUUUUUGAUUUGUUGUUCUCUAAUAAACACUUAGGAUAAUCAAGUAUUAUUUUAAACUCACCAUUGUUCAUAUGUACAGAAGAGCUUAUAGUCAACCACUGAUGUUGAAUUGUGAGAUAGGUGUCUGAUGAGGUUCACAGAAUUGUCCUGUUUCCUCCAAGCACAAUGAUUAAAAAUGCACUGUUACCCUAA